AUGAAAGACUAUGUCUUCACCCUCCCGGCCCCCAUCGCCUCGACAGCUUUCACUAUCUCUGAGUCGCGAGGCAUUGGGUCGCAGUCCAAUGCCCUCGGUGCUUCCAUGAUCCGAACAGAGGAUGUCUUUCCGCAUGUGAGCAAGUCGAUCGAUGUGUUCAAGCGCGAACACACGGGUAUCGUUUGCGUGGGGCUGCGUUCUAUGAAUGCAGUCGUCAACCAAGACCUUCUCGUCAACGAAGGUCUGAAACGCAGUGACGCGAUUUUGUGGACUCGAUAUCACCAGAAGGCUCACAUGGUCCUCCCCACCUCGGUCAAUCUCACCAGCGAUGAGUUUCUUGCCCAAAACCAGCACUGGCUUGACCUCCUUCCUCGUUCGACCGUUGACAUGGAGGUUGGGAAAGUCGUCAAGGAACAUGUGCUGCAGAACAUUGACCAGAAUACUGCCCGGCUUGUGCCCGAGCAGUAUCGAACCACGCUGUUCUACUUUUGCGGCUCGAUCAACGAAAAGGCUCGGCAGGAUUGGCUCCGAGAGAGUCCUCUCCCGGAAGUCACCGUCAAUCGUCCUAUUCCUUUGCCCAAGAUUGUCGAAACUCAGCCCAUGCGCCAAGCUGCCAGAAAGCUCGAGAGAUUCGCCUUUAAGCUCAAGAAGACGAACCCUACCGAUGCCGCCGACCUCAAGCAUAUAUCGGAUACCAUCACCCUGCUCUGCGAUGUGCAAUACCAGGCAGAGAUCAAAGCCACGGUCAAGAUGGAGGCCAUGGAGGCCAAGUUCAGCAAAUAUUUCCAAAAGAUCCAACUUCUCAACUGCCCAGCCAUGACAGACAUCAUCGACAAUCUGAACAAGGAACAGGAGAAGGUAUUCGUGGAUUUUCGCGGGCGUGCUAUCACUGUUCAGGACGAAGAUGGGGCAAGCGCCUGUCAGAUGACCAACAAGGAAUGGCUUCUCACUUACCGCAGCCUGAAUGAUGCCAAGAUUCAGCGGUGGAUUGAUCUCUAUGUCGAACUCUCUGGUAUUGAGACGGGUAUCCCGGAAACUUGGAAGGCGCUCAUCAUGGAUACCGAAUCCAACUCGUCGUCUUCGCUAGUGGUGUCUUCGGGAUGA